GGAGCUCUGUUGUGGCGGUGAGGAAAAGGAAUCUGAGAAGGGUCGGAAGAAAUAUAAAAGCAAAGGCUGUUUUUCUUGCUUUCUUUCUGUUUUUACUUUCUUUCUUUUUCUUUUUCCUUAAGAGCGAGCGGCCCUUGCGGUGGCGGUUUGGGGUGGGCGCCGCCGAGGUGAGGGGGUCUCGCCUCCCGCACGCUGGUAGAUUCUCGGACCCCACCCCAGAUAGUCGGACUCGGGUCUUGGGUGGGACCCAGGAAGCCAAGUGCGUCUCUGGUGGUCAGAAUUCCCAAUGACCUCUUGUGUACCAGCUGUUGGGCAUAUCACUUCCCUGCUGAACGGACUAGACUCAUCUCUAAGGCUCCUUGAAUAUCUGAGUUUCUCCUUUCAGAAUCUACUUGGAAAUAAAAACAGACUGAUUGUUCCAUUAUGGAUGGAGGGGAUGAUGGUAACCUUGUUAUCAAAAAGAGGUUUGUGUCUGAGGCAGAAUUAGAUGAACGGCGCAAAAGGAGGCAAGAAGAAUGGGAGAAAGUUCGAAAACCUGAAGAUCCAGAAGAAUGCCCAGAGGAGGUUUAUGACCCUCGGUCUCUAUAUGAAAGGCUACAGGAACAGAAAGAUAGGAAGCAGCAGGAGUAUGAAGAACAGUUCAAAUUCAAGAACAUGGUAAGAGGCUUAGACGAAGAUGAGACCAACUUCCUUGAUGAGGUUUCUCGGCAGCAGGAACUAAUAGAAAAGCAGCGAAGAGAAGAAGAACUGAAAGAACUGAAGGAAUACAGAAGUAAUCUCAACAAGGUUGGAAUUUCUCAAGACAACAAAAAGGAAGUGGAGAAGAAAGUGGCUGUGAAACCCACAGAAACCAAGACCAAGUUCUCCCAGGCAAAGCUGUUGGCAGGAGCUGUGAAGCAUAAGAGCUCAGAGAGUGGCAACAGUUUGAAAAGACUGAAAUCGGACCCUGACCCAGAUGACAAGAAUCAAGAAGCCCCGUCCUGCGUGUCUCUUGGAAGCACAUCUCUGAGUGGUCCCUCCAUCCACUGCCCCUCCGCUGCCGUCUGUAUCGGCAUCCUCCCAGGUUUGGGCGCCUACUCUGGGAGCAGCGACUCUGAGUCCAGCUCAGACAGCGAAGGCACCAUCAAUGCCACCGGCAAGAUCGUCUCCUCCAUCUUCCGAACCAACACCUUCCUCGAGGCCCCCUAGUUCCUCUGUUCUUACCGCAGGGAGCUCCUCCCCAAGAGUAGACUGGACAGUUUAUUCUGCCUGCAGGCAUUGCCUCCCACAGAAAAGUCCUUUGCCUGCUCCCUGUGCACACCAUGACGUUUUUAACCUCAUCUAAAAAUGUCCAGAAUCCACUUGUGGCCCGACUUGUGUUUGUUUUCUCUUUCUACUCCAGUACAGAUGCCCAAACCUGUCUCACGGCUUCUGUCCUCACUGAUUUAGUAGGGCCCAGCAGAAAUUCCACUAAAAAUGCCCUGGGAAGAUAGGUACCAAGCAGCUUGCAAAGGGUUUGGGUUCUGUUGCUUUCUUGUUUUUUUGUUUUUUGUUUCUUUUUUUUUCCUUUCCCAACACCACAAAGAAGCAAGGACAGUUAUUGAACGGGUAUCAUUUAAACAUUCUAUUCUAGACGAAGGCGCCGUUUGACUAUACUGUGUUGUGGGGUGUGCAGGCGGGAGAGGAGGUCCCAGGUGAUGGAAUGGCGCACUGCCCUGGAACUAACCUAUUCUUGAUGUUGUGUGACUAAGUAAAGGUUCUAAACUACAUCCGCAGGGGGUGUCACUUAACACUCAUCGUUCAUUGUGAAGUUUUCCCUUACCCUUGGCUAUUCCUUCUCCCUCCACCUAAUCCCAUUUAAGACACUAAACCUUAAAGAAACAAACAUAGGCCUUAUUUUGUUGUAGCCAGAAAUCAGAAGUGCUGGUAGGUGUGUGGACGAGGUAACUUAUUUCUGGCAGCUCCUGGAAUUCUAAUAUUGCAAGCCAGUGCGACCCACCUGCAUAUUCUAGCUACAACCUGUUGAGGCCCCUCUC